CCUAUCCGCCUCCAAAACCCCUUACCCCCUAACCCUAGCUCGGGAAAUUUCUAGCGGCAGUCAUGGAGGCAGCUGCGAAGACGGUGAAGGACGUCUCUCCUCACGAUUUCGUGACGGCCUACUCUGCUCAUCUCAAGAGAUCCGGCAAGAUGGAGCUUCCUCAUUGGACUGAUAUUGUGAAGACUGGAAGGUUCAAGGAGCUUGCUCCCUAUGACCCUGAUUGGUACUACAUUAGAGCCGCUUCAAUGGCAAGGAAGAUUUACCUUAGGCAAGGAAUUGGGGUAGGUGGAUUCCAGAAGAUCUAUGGUGGGCGUAAGAGAAAUGGAAGUCGUCCUCCACAUUUCUGCAAGAGUAGUGGUGCUGUAGCUCGCCACAUCCUCCAGCAAUUGCAAGCGAUGAAUAUCAUUGACGUUGAUACUAGGGGAGGAAGGAAGAUUACUUCUCAAGGACGGCGUGAUCUUGACCAAGUUGCGGGGCGAAUCACUAUUGCUGCAGCUUGAUUGUUUGAAUGGUGUUUUUGGCAUCCUGGUCUUCCUGUCAUUCAUGAACUUACUAGCUUGACUUUUCUUGGACAAUUUUGUCAUGACAUUAUUUCUUAUCAUGGCUCAGGCUUAUCUUCUUUGAGAUAAGGUUCUCGCUCCCAAAAUCCAGCUCUUAGAAUUCUAUUUAUGUUACUUGUUUCUGUGAUGCGUGCAAUUUGAACUUUUAGGUA